UCAGACAAUUGGCGUGCAUGGUUCCACUAUUUAGCUAGCUCCUUUCUUUCACUUUUUUAAUAAUGUUCUAAUAUCUCUGCAAUUCCUCAAAUUCAUCAACUGAUCAUCCCAAGAAAAUUAUGGAAGAACUGUACAAUUUCUUUAAGGUAUGGCUCUCAGUUUUGGCAUCUCUGAUUUAUUGCUAUGCAAUUGGCACGAUGGUCCCAAAAGGUUCUGCACGAUUCUUUUGCUUACUACCAAUUCUAUGCCUAUUUCUUCUUCUUCCUCUCAACCUCUCCUCUAUUCAUUUUAGAGGUAUGACAGCUUUCUUCAUUGCUUGGCUUGUAAAUUUCAAGCUCUUACUUUAUGCUUUUGAUAAAGGCCCUUUGUCUUCUUCCUACGACAACAACCCAUCAAUCUCUUUCAGUCGUUUCUUGCCUGUUGCUUGUUUUCCCAUCAAAAUCAAAAGAGAAUCUCAUCCAAAUGGUGAUAAACCAAAUCCAGUUCGUACAAAGGUCCAGAAAUCUAUGACAAAUUAUGCAGUGAAGGGCUUGCUUUUGGCUAUGGUGGUUCGUGUUUAUAACUAUAGGGAGUUUAUACAUCCUAAUGUAAUCUUGCUCCUAUAUUUUCUUCAUAUGUACUUUUUCCUUGAAUUAAUCUUAGCUAUGGUGGGGGUCAUGGCUCGAGCCUUGUUAGGACUCGAGCUUGAGCCACAGUUCAACGAGCCAUACCUCUCAACUUCGCUUCAAGACUUCUGGGGUAGAAGAUGGAACCUCAUGGUCACCAGUAUCCUCCGGCCCACCGCAUAUGAACCUUUUCUCAGAAUAUCGGCUUCAGUCAUUGGCCGAAGGUGGGCUCCAAUCCCCGCAAUCUUCGGCACCUUUGUCGUAUCGGCUGUUAUGCACGAGCUUAUGUUCUACUAUGUGUGUCUCGAGAAGCCAACGUGGGAAAUCACCUGGUUCUUUCUGCUCCAUGGAGUGUGUUUGAUGGUGGAGGUUGCCUUGAAGAAGGCGGUAGCCGGCAAGUGGAGCUUGUCGAGGUUGAUAUCAACUCCUUUGACGGUUGGGUUUUUGCUGGCGACUGGUCUUUGGCUCUUCUUUCCACAGCUUCUCAGGUGUAAAGUUGACGUUAGAGCGUUUGAAGAGUACUCGGCUUUAAGCGCGUUUCUGAAGAAUGUUGGUCGUGCUUCUAGUUCUAUGUUUGGAUCUUUCAACAGAUCUAUCAAUUGGUCAAUAGUGAAUACCAUAAAAUCUUAAAACUCACGUGCUUAGACAGUAACUAUAGAAUUCAAAGAUAUAUUAAUUUUGAA